AGAAAAACACGUUUAAGUCCUAAAUAUGGUUAAUCAACAAACAACUCCUACUAAGUAGCAUCCCCCAAUAUAUAACCACGUAGCAAAAUAUUAAUCACUCUAUCAAAAACGCGUUUCCAGUUUUCAAACUUUUAAUCCAAACACAACAAAAAUUAAAACAAAAACAAAAAAAAAACACAAACAAAAGGAAACCCCAAAAUCUCAAACCAAUCAACCCAAAAAAAAUAUCCCCAAAUUAAACGCCAAAAAACUACAAAAUUAUAGUCGUCUGGAUCUCUCGAUCCCUUUCUUCUUCUUCUCGGCCGCCAUUACAAUAAUGAUGGCCGCGCUCGGAUCCGAUCAGCUGAAGCAGCUGAAGGACAUCUUCAUGCGGUUCGACAUGGACUCCGACGGGAGCCUCACCCAGCUCGAACUCGCCGCCCUCCUCCGCUCCCUCGGCCUCAAGCCCACCGGCGACCAGCUCCACGUCCUCCUCUCCAACAUCGACGCCAACGGCAACGGCGCCAUCGAGUUCGACGAGCUCGUCACCGCCAUCCUCCCCGACAUGAACGAGGAGAUUUUGAUCAACCAGGAGCAGCUCAUGGAGGUCUUCCGAUCCUUCGAUCGCGACGGCAACGGCUACAUCACCGCCGCCGAGCUCGCCGGUUCCAUGGCCAAAAUGGGCCACCCCUUGACGUACCGGGAGCUCUCCGAUAUGAUGAUGGAGGCCGACACGAACGGCGACGGCGUCAUUAGUUUCAACGAAUUCGCGACGAUCAUGUCUCGGUCCGCCGCUGAUUUUCUUGGGCUCUGACCGCCUCUGGCGCGGGUAUGAUGGGUUCUGGAUUGUUUGACUUUUUUCGCUGACUUUUAUUUUUAUUAUUUUUUUCUUUUUUCUUGUGUGGGUUUUUUAGGGCAUGUCUUUGCUUGUAUAGGAUUUCUUGUGUCUGAAGAAAAGGAAGAAUUAAGAGAAAGUAUAUACAUUGAUUAAAAUAAUGUUGGAGACAUGCUAAUCAAGGCUCUUUUUAGUUAAUUAAGAUUAGAAUUACCAACUAAUUACAAACAAAUCUUGUAAGUAUUUUUGUAUAAAUAAUAAUUUGUGUUAACAUGCA